AUGUGCAACGACGUAGGAUCAACAUCACGAUGCUGUGCAUUCUACUCUGCUGUAGGAGUUAUAUUCACCCUCUGGGUGGGAGUAAUGAUCACGACACAACCGUUCUUCAUUGGCGGCUUGGAAGACCCUGAUGAAGCGAAGUCAAGUGCAUUCGGCGCCAUGGGAGCUUUCAUUUUCACAUUUGUGGUUUCGUUACUGGGAAUGUGGUAUGAUACUAAUCACAAGAUAGACGACACUGCCUCUGUAGAUGGCCCAGAAGCCGAAUACCACCUGGCCACUGGGGAUGUGCCUACAUACGGCACGUCGUCGUGA